AUGAAUCUCACUCUCCCGCCUAAGCCAAAGGGGAAGGUGGCCUCCGUCGAAGAGCUGAUCGAGUUCGCCGGGCUGCGCGACAUCGCCGAGGAGGUUGGCAUCGUGCAGCCCGGCGCCGGCGAGGCGGGCCCCUCCAGCGCCGCGCCACGGACUGUCCGCGUGCCCAGCUAUGGCGGCGGAGGACCUGCGGUCCCGGAGGCGCUUGCUGGGAUGGUCGGCGCUGACGGCAAGGAACAGAAGAAGCGCUCGCAGCGCUCGCACGGCGGCAAGGGCGGCGACAAGGGCCUUCGGCACUUCAGCAUGAAGGUUUGCGAGAAGGUGGAGCAAAAGGGACGGACCACGUACAACGAGGUUGCGGACGAGCUCGUAGCGGAGUUUGUCAACGCCGGUGCCGAGAUCUUUUUCAACUUUUCCGCGCCGUUCGAGAUCCACGACGAUAACGAGACCCUCAAGCGGAUGCGGAUGCAGUACUGCGCGCAGGCGAGCGACAUCAGGGGCAUGGUGCCCGAGGGGCUGGUCGAGUUCACCUCCAAUUGGCACCAGCUUGCGGUCAACGCGGCGAGCGCGGCCACCGGCUAGCGCGCGCGAGGCGGGCCAAGAUCUCCUUCGUUGGGGGGGGGUCGGCCGGGUUGCACCCGGGGCGGGGCUGCGCGCGCUUUGGCUGCGCCGCCGCCGCUUCCACACGCGACUAAAAUGUUCAGGCCGAUCGUCCCCGACGCUCAGCUGUCUCGGGAAGCGAAGACAUGUGGCAAGAGCGUAGGGUGGUGUCGCGCGUGCGGGGCUCAGCCGAGGCGCGUCUCGGCGCGCCAGAGGGUGCGCCGCAAACAUAAACGAGAUAUAAGUUUUUUUGUUCAUCG